GCCAUUCUAUAAAGCUACUACAAAAUUUGGGUACAUGUUUCUAAAAUGAAAUGUGUUUUUAUUUCUCUUGGACAAACAUCUAGGUGUUGUAUUGCCAGAUCAUAUGGUAAGACUGGUAUCUGAAACUCAAGAAUGGUGGUCUUAGGGUAUCUUUCUUUACCCAUCAGGCUUCUAUCUAAUGCUAGAAUCAGUCCCAACAGUUAUGAAAUCAUGACUUCAUAGUGAACACUGUGCCAGGUAACAGGAGUACACAAGAGAAACUUGCUAUCUAUAGGUAGACAUUUUAAGGCCUUAAGGCCCAAUAGUGGCCACCUGUAGCCAGAAAAAAACACCAAAAGAAUUCACAACUUAAGUUCCGAUCUUGAUUCUACUUUGAGAGUGUAAAAGGUUUUUUUUUUAAGACUACAAUAAAUAAGCAUCUUCGAAAACGUGAACACGUGAUACUAUUAACCCAGCCCAAAUCCCUGUUUAGAAAUUCUUGUAUGCAAUUCAAAUAUACUUAAGACCUUCAAACACUAUAUUUAAUUGGCAGAUGUUACUUUUUAAGGAUACAAAGAGUUUUCCUUACACAACCAAUUAAUUGCUGUGGAUAUAAUCUGGGCCUUGACUGCUGGUUUUGUUCAGUAUUCGCACUUGCAGACCUCAGUAUCCGUUUAAGACCAAAAUGGCUAGAAUUACCUGCCCACCCCAGCUCCCAAACGUAACUGAAAAAAGUAGAGGAGCUCCAAGGAGUUAAGGAGGCACAGACAACGGGCACCGUGUGCCUGCAGAAUCUGACAUUUAAAUCGCCCUGCCCUUCUGGGCCAAGGCUGCCUUGGACAGGCGGGCGUGUCAGAGACAGAAUGUAGAGGAGAAAGGGCUGGGCUCUGCCAGGCAGCGCGCGACGACGCCCGAACCUUGGCCUUCACAGCAGCACUCGAGAAGCCCACUGGCUGGGCUGCUCCAACGCCCCCGCCGCCCUCCGCGAAUCCCGCAGUAGCCGCGCAGGUGUGCGCGGUGCGCGCGCGCGCAGUGCGUGCCGGGUGCGGGUCUAGCAGGCGGAGGGGCUGCUGGGCGCCUCGCGGAGGGUGGUUGGCUGGUGGGUGUCGGCCUCCCAGCCAUCCCGCCUCCUUCUUCUUGUCUCGCGCCGGCCGGGGAUGCUCGCGCGCGGCGCCCCCUUGCCUAAGAGGAGGCGAUAGACUUGGCCGGAGAAGAUGUCGGGCCAAACGCUCACGGAUCGGAUCGCCGCCGCUCAAUACAGCGUGACAGGCUCCGCUGUUGCGAGAGCGGUCUGCAAAGCCACCACUCAUGAAGUGAUGGGCCCCAAGAAAAAGCACCUGGACUAUUUGAUCCAGGCCACCAAUGAGACCAAUGUUAAUAUUCCUCAGAUGGCCGACACACUCUUUGAGCGGGCAACAAACAGUAGCUGGGUGGUUGUAUUUAAAGCUUUAGUCACAACACAUCAUCUCAUGGUGCAUGGAAAUGAGAGAUUUAUUCAGUACUUGGCCUCUAGAAAUACACUAUUUAAUCUCAGCAAUUUUUUGGACAAAAGUGGAUCCCAUGGUUAUGAUAUGUCUACCUUCAUAAGGCGCUAUAGUAGAUAUUUGAAUGAAAAGGCUUUCUCUUACAGACAGAUGGCAUUUGAUUUUGCCAGAGUGAAGAAGGGGGCCGAUGGUGUAAUGAGGACAAUGGCUCCUGAAAAGCUACUAAAGAGUAUGCCAAUACUGCAGGGACAAAUUGAUGCACUGCUUGAAUUUGAUGUGCAUCCAAAUGAGCUAACAAAUGGUGUCAUAAAUGCUGCAUUUAUGCUUCUUUUCAAAGAUCUUAUUAAACUUUUUGCUUGCUACAAUGAUGGCGUUAUUAACUUACUUGAAAAGUUUUUUGAAAUGAAGAAAGGACAAUGUAAAGAUGCCCUAGAAAUUUACAAACGAUUUCUAACUAGAAUGACGCGAGUAUCUGAAUUUCUCAAGGUUGCAGAGCAAGUUGGCAUUGAUAAAGGUGACAUUCCUGACCUCACACAGGCUCCCAGCAGUCUUAUGGAGACCCUUGAACAGCAUCUAAAUACAUUAGAAGGAAAGAAACCCGGAAACAAAUCUGGUGCUCCCUCUCCAUUAAGUAAGUCUUCUCCAGCCACAACCGUUACGUCUCCCAAUUCUACACCAGCUAAAACGAUCGAUACAUCCCCACCAGUUGAUUUAUUUGCAACUGCAUCUGCGGCUGUCCCCGUCAGCACUUCUAAACCAUCUAGUGAUCUUCUGGACCUCCAGCCAGACUUUUCUUCCGGAGGGGCAGCAGCAGCCACGGCACCAGCACCAGCACCACCUUCUGGAGGAGCCACUGCGUGGGGAGACCUUUUGGGAGAGGAUUCUCUGGCUGCAAUUUCCUCUGUUCCCUCUGAAGCACAAAUUUCAGACCCAUUUGCACCAGAGCCUGCCCCUCCUACCACAACCGCUGAAAUUGCAACUGCUUCAGCCUCUGCCUCAACUACUACAACUGUCACCGCUGUCACUGCUGAUGUGGACCUCUUUGGAGAUGCCUUUGCAGCUUCUCCUGGGGAGGCCCCUGCAGCAUCCGAAGGGGCCGCCGCACCAGCUACCCCAACCCCCGUAGCGGCAGCGCUCGAUGCAUGUUCAGGAAAUGACCCCUUUGCCCCGUCCGAAGGUAGCGCAGAGGCUGCGCCCGAGCUGGACCUCUUUGCAAUGAAGCCACCUGAGACCAGUGUUCCUGUAGUUACCCCUACAGCUAGCACAGCCCCUCCGGUUCCCGCCACUGCUCCUUCUCCUGCUCCCGCUGUCACAGCUGCCGCUGCCGCCACUACCGCCUCCGCCACCGCCGCCGCCUCCGCCGCCACCACCUCCGCCGCCACCACCGCCGCUCCUCCUGCUCUAGAUAUCUUUGGUGAUUUGUUUGAGUCUCCUCCUGAAGUCGCUGCAGCGCCUAAGCCAGAUGCUGCUCCUAGCAUAGACCUGUUUGGUACAGAUGCUUUCUCCUCUCCACCACAAGGGGCCUCUCCUGUGCCUGAGAGUUCUCUCACUGCUGACCUCUUAUCCGUGGAUGCAUUUGCAGCACCGUCUCCUGCAACCACUGCCUCUCCAGCAAAGGUGGACUCUUCGGGCGUGAUAGACCUUUUUGGGGAUGCAUUUGGAAGUAGUGCUUCUGAACCCCAACCUGCACCUCAGGCUGCUUCUAGUUCAUCAGCAUCGGCAGACCUACUAGCUGGAUUUGGGGGUUCUUUUAUGGCCCCUUCUCCAUCACCGGUGACUCCAGCUCAGAAUAACCUGCUGCAGCCCAAUUUUGAAGCAGCUUUUGGAACAACGCCUUCAACUUCUAGCAGCAGCUCCUUUGAUCCAUCAGUGUUUGAUGGUCUAGGUGAUCUACUGAUGCCAACCAUGGCACCAGCCGGGCAGCCUGCACCCAUCUCAAUGGUACCCCCCAGUCCAGCCAUGGCAGCAAGCAAAGCCCUUGGGAGUGACCUUGAUUCAUCUCUUGCCAGCUUAGUAGGCAAUCUUGGAAUUUCUGGUACCACAUCGAAAAAGGGCGACCUUCAGUGGAAUGCUGGAGAGAAAAGGUUGACGGGUGGAGCCAACUGGCAGCCCAAAGUCGCCCCUGCAACCUGGUCAGCAGGUGUUCCACCAAGUGCACCUUUGCAAGGAGCUGUACCUCCUACCAGUUCAGUUCCUCCUGUUGCCGGGGCCCCAUCUGUUGGACAGCCUGGAGCAGGAUUUGGAAUGCCUCCGGCUGGGACUGGCAUGCCCAUGAUGCCUCAGCAGCCAGUGAUGUUUGCACAGCCCAUGAUGAGGCCACCCUUUGGAGCUGCAGCUGUACCUGGCACACAGCUUUCUCCAAGCCCUACACCUGCCACUCAGAGUCCCAAGAAACCUCCAGCAAAGGACCCAUUAGCGGAUCUUAACAUCAAGGAUUUCUUGUAAACAAUUUAAGCUGCAAUUUUUGUGACUGAAUAGGAAAAAAAUAAUGAGUUUGGAGACUUCAAAUAAAAUUGAUGCUCAGAGUUUCAAAGUGAGCCACCAGUACCAAACCCAAUGCUUACUCGUAACUUCUCUUCCAAAAUGUGUAGCACAGCUGUGAAAGUGAACAUUAGGAAUGUGUACUACCUUAGCUGUUAUCCCUACUCUCAAAAUUGUAGUGUAUUUGGGUUAUUUGUGUGUUGUACGAUGUAAAAACAAUGAAUGGAUGUUCCUGAUGCCUUUAGUGCUUUUCUGGACCUCGCCCAUGGACGGAUGACGCAGCUGUUGUGUGGUGAGCCAUUUGGAAAGAUGUGUCUGUGUUUUUGAAGGUUUCAAUGUAUAUAUGACUUUUGGACAAACCUAAACUCUCCCCAUGAAUUCUCUUUUUCUCUGUAUCUCUGUUACAAACAUAGUGUGAUAAUAUCAAAUAGUAAGGAAAACACUCUUAAAUAUACAAAACUUUUUCGGUGUGGAGUACAUUUUUCCAAUCACAGGAACUUCAACUGUUGUGAGAAAUGUUUAUUUUUGUGGCACUGUAUAUGUUAAGAAAUUUUGUUUUAAAAAAUAUAAGGGUUAACGUCCAUAAUAAAUACUUCUCCUUGAAUCUACCUUAUCAAGAAUGAAAAAAUCAUAUGGAAAGAAUUCCAUAUGUAAUCACUGCUAUAUUAAAAUGUAUAUUUUGAUUAUAUUUGACAGGUUUUGCAUCUAAAUUGACCUAUUUAUUCAUUCUUGAUUAAAUGCACUGAAAAGUAAAGGGUCUGUUUCUAUCACGUCCGUGAAAAUGAAAUUAGAGAUGUGCUAUUCAGAUGAUUAUGAAGGCACCCCGAGGUAUAUCUGUAAUUUAAAGAUUACUGCAAAUAUUUUUAUUUUAUUGUGGGUUUUAUGUACAUCUGUUAAUUUAGUAUUUCUUUGUGUGUUCUGUAGACUAGUGUUCUUCCAUCCCUCAACUGAGCUCAAAGUAGGUUUCGUUGUACCAUUGUGAUUAGAAUUUAAACUAAUUCAGAGAAUUGUACUGUACAUAUUGUAUUCUUUAAUUUUUAAUUUGUUGUCAUACUGUAUGUGCUGAUGGCUUGGCUUAAGAUUUUGAUGCAUAAAUGAGGUCACUGUUGAUCAGUGUUGCUAGUGGCUUGGCAGCUCUUUGUAAAAGCAUACUGGGUUGGAAAGGUGUUUUCCUAUUUUUCAAAUUAUUUAAUAGAUGUAUGGUACCAUUUAAAAGUGGUUGUAUCUGAAUUUACUGUGGGGAUAACAUACACUGUAAUGGGGAAAAAUUACCUAAAACCAAUUUCAAAAUGGCAUUUCUUUCUAUUUCAGUUUAAAA